GUGUGGCGUGGUCGGGGCCGACCUCCUCAACUCCAAACACUUCCGGCAGCGUCGGCAGUUUGUUUGUGGAGCAGCAUGAGCGCAGCGGAGUGGGAGAGGAGGUGCGAGGCGGAGUGGGGUCUGCAGGGAGCGCCGAUGCCCGACCACCUGGACUGGAAGUCCAUCUACGAGGCCAAGCCGCUGGGACGGAACCUGCUGAAGAACCCCGCCCCUCUCGGUUUAAGUAAAGCCUCGCCCCCACCAGAACCUGACCUCCCUGAUGCCCCCCCACGUGGACCCCCACGCUUUCAGCCCGAUGGUGACUUUACUGCGUGGACUACGGGCACUGAGGUUCUGCCCUACGACACCAGUGGCAUCCCUGAGGGGGUAGUGAUCUGCGCUCUGCCCCAGUUCAGCUGGUUCACCCUGGAGCAGGUGGUGGACUUGAAAGCGGAGGGCCUGUGGGAGGAGCUUCUGGAUGAUUUUCAGCCUGAAAUCGUCGUUCAGGACUGCUACGAGGAGAGUCAGCUCCAUCAGUCCAUCUACCAGCUGCAGGUGAAGCUUCUGGCUGCAGACAGAACUACAGUGAUCUCGGAGCACAGCGUGAGCCCCACGGAGGACCUGAGCACGUACUCACACCAGUGGAAGGAGGUGUCGCACGUGUUCUCCAGAUACGGACCCGGCGUCAGAUACAUCCACUUCCUGCACCGGCUGAAGAACAGUUUCCUGAACGACUUCUUCCCGACGCGCUUCACGGACAGCUCCGUGGUUAUCCGAGCGGUUCGCUCCAGCUCUUAGCUGCAUCCCCAGUCAAACUUCAUCAAGACAGUGGAAGCUGGAACAUGAUGACUAAUAAUCUGCAAAACAAUCAGAAUAGCUAGAUUUUAUUGAUUUAUUUCUGCUGAGUUGAUGAUUUUUAUAAGUUAGAUUGAAUCAUUUUAAAUCAAAUGUCUGUCUUUUUGCGCUUUAUUCUUGUAAAAACGCAAAAAAUAAAGAAGAAACAUGAUUA